GAAUUAAAAUUUUAAGGCAAGCUUGUCAAAUAUGAAGUCACUGAAGAUUUCUUGGAUCAUCUUGUUGGUAUUGAUAUGUAGCUUUGAUUUUACGAUUACACAAGAAUCAGAAGAUCCAGUAACAGUUGAUGAGACCACCGAAGAAGCUAUAACAACAGAAACAUCAGUCGUCGAAGUUUCCAGUACAACAGCAGAAAACAAUGAGUCAACAACUGUAGAGUCAACAACAGAUGAUCAAAAGUCAUCAAAAUCAUCUAAAAGAGAGAAACCCGAGGAAGCCUGCAAGCCAUGGCCAUCAACAUAUAAACCACUUCGAGAAUGCUGCAUGAUUCCACAUAAUCCACUCCAAAUCACCCUCAACACAUGCUUCUAUCGCUGCACAUCUCGUGAAACAGAUGAAAGACGUCAAAUCGAGUGCGGUGCUUCAUGUUUUAUAAAUGUGACUGGAAUCUUUUAUGAUCAUCGAUUGAACAGAGAACGAAUUAAAAAUCUUAUGAUUGGUGCUUCCGUUGUUCCAAGUAAAUGGAUCAGAAUAAUUGAAGCGGGAAUUGACAGCUGUAAAUUUGAGGAUAAUGGAUCAAUGCAUGACAGACUUGCAAGAUUUUUUGGCUGUUUAACUGAUUUCAUGACUGACAAUUGUGUCCAAUUUGUCCAGACACCAGAUUGUGAGAGAUCUCAGGAACUAUUUGAGCAAUGUCAUCAUAUUAAGCCGAUCUGUGAACAUUGGCCAUUUGGCUAUGGAACACUUGAUUCAUGCUGCAAAAUUCCACCACUUUUUUCACAGGCAUUGCGCUCUAAAUGUCAUCAUGAAUGUACUUACUCGGAAUUGUUCUUACAAAGACAGGCAAAAUGUGAUGAAUUUUGUCGAUAUGAUGACACAAAAUUACGUGUUGGGAAUGCAUUUAACUUUGAUGCUGUAAAAGCAAUGCUGAUGGAAAGUGUAAAAGGCACUCCAGAAUGGAAAGUUCCAAUUGAUCAUGCUGUUGAGAAGUGCAAAAUUGCCAUGGGAUCACAAACACGAGCAUCCCAAACACGCCAAAAUACAAUUGAGUAUGAAAUAACAACAUUGCAGACAUGCCUACGUGAAUUUUUGGCCAACGAUUGUGUUGACUUCAAGGAAGAACCAAUUUGUCAUAAAGUGCAGUUCUUCAUGAAGAAUUGCCCAGAAGUAAAACCUAGGAAAUCUACAACACACUAUUCUCAGCACUAUCCUUAGAUUUAAAAAAUAAAUUUUAAAUUUG